AUGUCUUCGCGUGCCGUGACCGUGUCCUCUCGACGCUCUCGUUUAGUUGGUUGCAUACUAAGGACAAAGCUUGUUUGUGCUGGACUGUUUAUUGCAGUCGAGUAUACGAAGAUCCCCAUCGUGCUCUCGCUUUGUCAUCGGGAUAUCGUUGAUAUUGCAGUAGUGUUUCGGCGGGAUCUACGAUUCACGAGUAUUCGGUCAUAUAGUGCUUUGGCCACCACUGAUUCGUGUUCCUUCAGCCAUCGCUCAUUGUUGGGUAUUGUGCGAAGAUUUCACAUGCAGGACUUAAUACGACUUCAAGGGGAUGAAUCUCAACAACCUUUCUAG